GCCCUAAAUGCGCGUCUCUGGGUGUGCGCGGCGAGGGUAGUGCUUGCGGGGACGGGGUCCGGCAGAGAGUGGCAGCGGAAAGAGCCGGAGCCGGGGGGACAGGAGAGUUCCCCACAAACCGAGUAGCACCCUUUCCUCCCCGGCACCCAGCAAGGGUGCUUGUGACAAGGCACAGGGUGGGCUGGGAGACCCCAAGGCAGCACCCCUCCAACAAAAGGCAAGGGUGAGUCCCUGCAUCUAGGAAGUGGGCAGGCAAGGGUUAAUAAGCUGGGGUGUACUGAGCAAGGGUUAACAAGCUUAGAGCUUACAGGGGGCACCAAGUGAUCCCAAAGGGGGUCACUAGCACAUUAGGGUUAAUGAGCAGUAUAGUGGGAUAGGAGCAGGACAGCAGUUACUGAUCAUAAGGGGGAUUAAAGGGUUAACAAGUAGGGGGGAAGAGUGGGCUGCACAGACUUGCAAGACCCCCGGCACAUUGGGUGCCGUUUAAUAACAGUUGACCUCUUAUGGGAAGGUGAGGGGCCCCUUGUUUUCUGAAAGGUGGAAAGGGUUAAUAAUGUGAGUGGGGUUGCAAGGGGUUAAGGGGGGGUUGCCCUAAUUGGCAGUGACGGGGAAUUGCAGCUUGAAUCUCUGUUGGGGGUGUACCGGGGAGCAGCCAAGGGUUAAUAGCCGUGGGAGUGCGCUGGAUGACCCCCUCUCCGCUGGCUGCAUGGAGCAGCAUGGUUGCUUAGGGAGCUGAGCGAUGGACACCCAUAGGCGCUGCAUGAGAGAAGGACACCUGCUGGCCAUCUGAUUGUCCCCUUCCCUGUGAUCUGCCGAGUGGCCGAGGGGGGAUCCCCCUGCCUCCUUUCUCCGUGGGGAUUCCUUGCCGGGCUUGCCAACAUGACCGAGGGUUGGCGGCAGUGCGGACGCUGGCUCAUAGACUGCAAAGUUCUCCCAGUGGACCACCGGGUCGUGUGGCCUUCUGCCGUGGUCUUUGACCUGGCCCAAGCUCUGCGGGAUGGAGUCCUGCUCUGUCAGCUGCUCCACAACCUGUCCCCUGGAUCUAUCGACCUCAAGGACAUCAACUUCAGGCCCCAGAUGUCACAGUUCUUGUGCCUGAAGAACAUUCGAACAUUCCUCAAAGUUUGCCACGACAAGUUUGGAUUACGGAACUGCGAUCUCUUCGACCCCUUCGACCUGUUCGACGUCCGGGAUUUCGGAAAGGUGAUUGCCGCUUUGUCCAAGGUGUCCUACCACAACAUUGCCCAAACCAAGGGGAUUCGGCCUUUCCCUUCUGAGGACACCGCAGAGAACGAUGAUGACAUCUACAGGAGCCUGGAGGAACUUGCCGACGAGCACGACCUGGGGGAGAAUGAUACGUACGACGUCCCGUGCGAAGAGGAUGAUAUCUACGAAGACAUCAUCAAAGUUGAAAACCAGCAACCGAUGAUAAGGUAUAUGCAGAAAAUGGGCAUGACGGAGGACGACAAAAGGAAUUGCUGCUUACUGGAGAUUCGGGAAACGGAAGACCGGUAUUACAGAACGUUAGAGGAUAUUAAGACUUAUUACAUGAUCCCCCUCAAGCAGAUACUGAGUGUGCAGGAGAUCUCCACCAUAUUCAUUAAUUUAGAGGAACUCAUCAAGGUGCAUUUUAAUUUCCUUCGGACCAUCGAGCUCUCGGUCAUGUCGGGGGGCAGCACCAUCGGGCAGGUGUUUCUGGAUUAUAAGGAAAAGCUGCUCAUCUACGGGGAGUACUGCAGCCAUAUUGAAUAUUCCCAGAAGACCCUGGACCAGCUCAUAGCAACCCGUGAAGACGUGCGUACUAAACUGGAGGAAUGUUCCCUCAAGGUUCAGGAAGGGAAGUUCAAGCUGCAAGAUUUGCUGGUGAUUCCCAUGCAGAGAGUCCUCAAGUACCAUCUCCUGCUCAAAGAACUUCUCAGCCACACAGCAGACAGCCCAGAGAGACAGACGCUAAAGGAAGCCCUGGACGCCAUGCAGGACCUUGCCAUGUACAUUAAUGAAGUGAAACGGGACAAAGAAACCUUAAAGAAAAUUAGCGAGUUCCAGAACUCCAUAGAGAACCUGCAAGUCAACCUGGAAGAAUUUGGGCGGCCAAAGAUAGAUGGGGAGUUAAAAGUUCGUUCCAUGGUCAACCAGGCCAAACAGGACAGGUAUCUCUUUCUGUUCGACAAAGUAGUGAUUGUCUGCAAAAGGAGAGGCUACAACUACGAGCUGAAGGAAAUCAUCGAACUGCUGUGUCACAAGAUGAGCGACGACCCCAUGAACAACAAAGAUGUUAAAAAGUCCCAUGGGAAAAUGUGGUCCUAUGGGUUCUUCCUGAUCCAUCUCCAGGGCAAGCAGGGCUUCCAGUUCUUUUGCAAGACGGAAGAGAUGAAGAGGAAGUGGAUGGAGCAGUUUGAAAUGGCAAUGUCAAACAUAAAGCCCGACAAGGCCAACGCCAACCACCACAACUUCCAGAUGUUUACAUUCGACAAAACCACCAACUGCAAAGCCUGCAAGAUGUUCCUAAGGGGCACUUUUUACCAGGGAUAUUUUUGUUCACGGUGCGGCGUUGGGGUCCAUAAGGAGUGCCUGGAAACAAUUCACGCCUGCAAAAUCGGUGGCUCUACGGAUGAUGUGGAUUCUCUAAUCACAGUGUCAGGGGGCAGGACUCUCCCAUGUAGGACACAGCAGAAAAUGAGAAGUGCAGUGACAAAUGAUUUCUCCGGCCUUCUGAGAAACAGCUCAUGUAAUUUGAUAAAUCUCAAAUGUUACCAAGGGCCUAAAAUGGUUGCGGUACAGAACUACUUUGGAAACCCGGCGCCUCCAGGGAAACCCGUGUUAACGUUUCAGAAAGACGAUGUGAUCGAGUUGCUGCGAGGUGACCCCAAUUCUCAGUGGUGGGAGGGACGGCUAUUGCUUACUAAGAAGUCUGGUUAUUUCCCAAGUUCCUCGGUGGAGCCAUGUCCUGUGGAACCACUUGUGAUCCGCAGUGAUUACAGUAAAUACCCGUGGUUUGCCGGUAACGUGGAGAGGCCCCAAGCGGACAACCUUCUCAAAGGCCACGUUAGUGGGACGUACCUAAUCCGAGAGAGGCCGGCAGAGGCCGAACGCUUCGCCAUCAGCAUUAAGUUCAAUGACGAAGUCAAACACAUAAAGGUUGUAGAGAAGAACAACUGGAUCCACAUCACAGAGGCCAAGAAGUUUGAAAGCUUAUUGGAACUGGUGGAAUACUAUCAGACGCACUCGCUGAAGGAAAGCUUUAAGCAGCUGGACACCACGUUAAAGUACCCCUACAAAUCCAGAACGGGCCGCAGCAGUAGCAGCAGCAGCAGCAAUACGCCCCGGGCCCCAGCCUCCUGCGCUUCCUACAACUUUUCUUUUCUCAGUCCUCAGGGCCUCAACUUCCCUUGCCAGAACCCGUCCACUCCCUUCUGGUCAGUGUUCACGCCACGACCGGUAGGAACGGCCAUCGCCAGGUACAACUUCGCCGCCAGAGACAUGCGCGAGCUUUCCCUACGGGAAGGGGACGUCGUCAGGAUCUACAGCCGGAUUGGAGGGGACCAGGGAUGGUGGAAAGGAGAGACCAAUGGCAGGAUUGGGUGGUUUCCCUCGACGUACGUGGAAGAGGAAGGGGUCCAAUGAGCUCCCCCACUCCGGACCAAGCCCCUCCUACCUGAGACAUUUGCACAACAGACACUCCCUGAAGUGACACCCUCUUGCAUUCCGCAGGCCGAGCCUGACCGCCGCCUUUGGCUCCUUUCGCCCGUACUACUUGUAUAUAAGAUUUAUAAUGCUGAUCUACGGCAGGCGUAUGAGGAACUGAUUGGUGGAAUGUUGCCGGCGCAUCUUUUAACGGAAUUAAAGUCAUUCCAGAUCUGG